UCCUCUUAGGCUGUCCCCUCCGCCGGUACUCUACCGCUUUGCCCUUCUCUGGUCCGCAGGAGCUCUGGACCGGGAAGGGGGCAGGGCGGCAGGUUCCCACCGUCAGAGGGCUCCCCUCCUGGACCAGGGCUCCGCUUGCAUUUGCCCUAAAUCCUGGAACCCAAUGGCGCGGAUCUAACCAUAUGGCCAUCUUUUUUCAAGCCCUCCCCCACCCCUUCCCUUUUCUGUGCCUCUUCCCCGUCUGGUUAAAGCUGGCAUAAAUAGUUGGAUCUGGUCCACCCUCCACCCCGCCCGCCGCCUCUCCUCCCCGCCCACCACCCACCUCCCCUUCACUCCUUACACCAUCCACCCACCCUGAGGGAGCAGGGUAAAAGAUGCCCUGGGAGCGAAGGAAGCUGUCCCACCUUCAACCGAACUGAAGGAGGCACCAAGCUCGGAUCGCCCUAUGAGUGACAUCCUUUCCAGAAGAGGGGUGAGGGGCGAGGCGAAGGAAGAAAGCACGGAAUGCAGCAGGACCCAGACAGCGUUGGGCUCCCGGGGAUCGAACACUCUGUGCCCUUACUAUCCGAGAGGACCUCGUUUGCAAAUUAAACUAAUGCCGUCCUUGGAAACUUCCUUCUGAGAGCGAUCAAGGAAGGAACCCCAAAGCCGACGCGCCGAGUUCCCAACCACUGGGGUCUCCGAAGUGCUUGGUGCUCCCCCCCACCCUCAAUCGCUAUGCAGCGACCAUUUCUCCCUUCAUCUUAUCUACAGGACUCCAAGGUGGAAACACUUAAAAGGAUUACAAGCGUGGUUUGGUGACAUCUCUGAAAGUUGCUGGCUGGGGAAGGGAGAGCAAGAGAACAAGGAGAUGGCGUUAUGGAGACAAUUCAUCUUGAGGAGUUUGCAGCUCGCCUAGCCAAGCCACUCUGAGCUAACUCAACAUGGAUAGUUUGAUCAACACUGAGUGAUGAAACCUCCCAUGGCUGAAACUCUCCAGAAAGGAAGGAUGCUGUGGAUAAUUCUUUUAAGCACAAUUGCCCUAGGAUGGACUACACCCAUUCCCUUGAUAGAGGACUCAGAGGAAAUAGAUGAACCAUGCUUUGAUCCAUGUUACUGUGAAGUGAAAGAGAGUAUUUUCCAUAUCCAUUGUGACAGUAAAGGAUUUACAAAUAUCAGUCAAAUUACUGAGUUUUGGUCCCGACCUUUUAAACUCUAUCUGCAGAGGAAUUCCAUGAGGAAACUGUACACGAACAGUUUUGUUCAUUUAAACAAUGCUGUAUCUAUUAACCUUGGGAACAAUGCUUUGCAGGACAUUCAGACCGGGGCCUUCAGUGGCCUCAAGAUUUUAAAGAGGCUGUAUCUACAUGAGAACAAACUGGACAUCUUCAGAAAUGACACUUUCCUGGGUUUGGAAAGUCUAGAAUAUCUGCAGGCAGACUACAAUGUCAUCAAACGGAUCGAGAGCGGGGCCUUUCGGAACCUGAGCAAAUUGAGGGUCCUAAUCUUGAACGAUAACCUCAUCCCCAUGCUUCCUACCAAUUUAUUUAAGGCUGUCUCUUUGACUCAUUUGGACCUUAGGGGAAAUCGGUUAAAGGUCCUUUCUUAUCGGGGAAUGUUGGACCACAUUGGUAGGAGCUUGAUGGAGAUCCAGCUAGAGGAAAACCCCUGGAAUUGUACCUGUGAGAUUGUACAGUUAAAGAGUUGGCUUGAACGAAUACCCUACACGGCCCUGGUUGGAGAUAUCACAUGUGAGACCCCCUUCCACUUUCACGGUAAGGACCUGAGGGAAAUCAAGAAGACUGAACUCUGUCCCUUGCUGUCUGAUUCCGAGGUGGAAGCUAGUUUGGGAAUUCCCCAGUUGUCAUCCAGCAAGGAGAACGCAUGGCCUACUAAACCCUCCUCCAUGUUGUCCUCUGUCCAUUUCACUGCAUCUUCGGUGGAAUACAAGGCUUCCAACAAACAGCCCAAGCCCACCAAGCAACCUCGGACCCCCAAGCCACCUCCGACGUCCAGGGGCCUGUACCCUGGGCCAAACCAACCCCCUAUUGCUGCUUAUCAGACCAGACCCCCGAUUCCCAUCAUCUGCCCUACUGGGUGCAUCUGCAGCUUGCAUAUUAAUGAUCUGGGCCUGACAGUAAACUGCAAAGAGCGAGGCUUCAAUAACAUCUCUGAACUUCUCCCGAGGCCUCUGAAUGCCAAGAAACUGUAUCUCAGCAGUAACCUGAUUCAGAAGAUCUACCGCUCCGAUUUUUGGAAUUUCUCCUCUUUGGAUCUCUUGCACCUGGGGAACAAUCGAAUCUCUUACGUCCAGGACGGGGCCUUCAUCAACCUGCCCAACCUGAAGAGCCUCUUCCUGAACGGAAACGACAUCGAGCGGCUAACUCCCGGCAUGUUCCGAGGCCUCCAGAGCUUGCACUAUCUGUACUUCGAGUUCAACGUCAUUCGGGAGAUCCAGCCGGCAGCCUUCAGCCUCAUGCCCAACCUGAAACUGUUGUUUCUCAACAACAACCUGCUGAGGACGCUGCCCACCGACGCCUUCGCCGGCACCUCCUUGGCCCGGCUUAACCUGCGCAAGAACUACUUCCUCUACCUUCCCGUGGCCGGCGUUCUAGAGCACCUGAACGCCAUCGUGCAGAUCGACCUCAACGAGAACCCCUGGGACUGCACCUGUGACUUGGUGCCCCUCAAGCAGUGGAUCGAGACCAUCAGUUCGGUGAGCGUGGUGGGAGACGUGCUCUGCGGGAGUCCGGAGAACCUCACCCACCGCGACGUGCGCUCCGUGGAGCUGGAAACGCUGUGCCCGGAGAUGGUGCACCUGGCGCCCGCCGGGGCCUCGCCCGCCGUGCCCGGAGAGGUCCACUCCGCCGGGGGUCCCACCGGCGCCUCGCCCUACGAGUUCGCUCCCCCGGGCGGUCCCGUGCCCCUCUCCGUGCUGAUUCUCAGUCUGCUGGUCCUCUUCUUCUCGGCCGUCUUCAUCGCAGCCGGGCUCUUCGCCUUCGUGCUAAGGAGGCGUCGGAAGAAGCUGCCCUUCCGCAAACGCCAGGAGGGGGUGGACCUGACCGGGAUACAGAUGCAGUGCCACCGCCUUUUUGAGGACGGCGGAGGGGGUGGCGGCGGCGGCGGCGGCGGGGGAGGCGGGGGCGGCGGGGGGCGGCCCAGCCACCCCUCCCCGGAAAAAGCGCCGCCCGUGGGUCACGUCUACGACUACAUCCCCCACCCAGUGACCCAAAUGUGUAACAACCCCAUUUACAAGCCCCGGGAGGAGGAGGAGGCCUCCACCGUGGUGGCGGGCCCGGAGGCCGGGGGUCCCGAGAGGGGGGGUUCGGGGACGCAAGCCCCGGGGAUGGGGGAGCUCCUGGGCGGAGAGCAAUUCCCGGAGGCAGCCAAGGAGAAUAACAGUAACUACCGGACCUUGCUGGAGAAGGAGAAGGAGUGGACCCUGGCAGUGUCCAGCUCCCAACUCAACACCAUAGUGACCAUGAAUCACCCUCACCCCCACCCCCAUCCCCACCCCCACCACCCAGCUGGCAGUGGGGUGGCGGCGGUUGUGGGAGGCACUGGGGGGGACUUGGCUGGGUUUCGGCACCACGAAAAGAAUGGAGGGGUGGUGCUUUUUCCCCCAGGGGGAGGCUGUGGGCCUGGCAGCAUUCUGCUUGAUCGCGAGAGACCCCAGCCGACCCCCUGUACGGUGGGCUUCGUGGACUGUCUCUAUGGUACAGUGCCCAAGUUAAAGGAGCUGCACGUACAUCCUCCUGGCAUGCAAUAUCCAGACUUACAGCAGGACGCCAGACUCAAAGAAACCCUUCUGUUCUCGGCUGGAAAGGGCUUCACAGACCCCCAAACCCAAAAAAGCGAAUACCUCGAGUUAAGGGCCAAACUCCAAACCAAGCCGGAUUACCUCGAAGUCCUGGAGAAGACAACCUAUAGGUUCUAACGGAAAGAAUAAUAAUAAUAUAAUAAUAAUAAUAAAAUUUAAAAGGUUUAGCGCUUUUUUUUUCAAAAGGAAAAGAAAAAAAGAAAUAUAUCCUUUCCCCGAUUUCCACCCGGUUCUAAUGAGUCAGUCCUUUUUUUUUUUUUUUUCUUCCUCAGACCCUUGCCCCGUCCCCAACAAAACAAAAUCCGCAUGAUAACUAGAGAAUACAGAUGUAUGCUCUUAUCCUCCCAGAUGUGUUUUGGAGGACGGGCCAUACUCAGAUCAUUAAUCAAUGAAGUGCCUUCGCAGACUUUUGCCAGCAAAUGUUAUCAAUCAUUAUUUUUUUAUACUGAAACUUGAGACUUUUGACUGUGCCAUGUUAAAGGUAUAUUAUCUGGGAUCUUUGUAUUGAUCCUAAUUAAGUAAAAUUCUAUGUGCUUUUUUUUUUUAAGUAA